CUAUGAUCGUACCCUAAUCAUUUUGAUUCCUUUCAGGCGAGGGAUUGAUGGCUAUCCCUGUGAUCAAGCACUGCGUUCGUCAGCAUCCCGAUUUCCAUGUCUUGAUGACGACCACCACUAUCUCAGCAUUUGAAGUCAUUAAGGAUCAGCUUCCAGACGGUGUCAUUUAUCAGCUUUCUCCUCUUGAUUCUCCUACAAUAGUGGAUAAGAUUCUGGGAUACUGGAAACCAAUUGCUGUCUUUCUGAUGGAAAGUGAACUCUGGCCCAACCUUGUUAUAUCUGCUGCAAAUGAAGGGAUUCCAGUGACAAUUUUAAAUGCUAGGAUGUCAUGCAAGUCUUUUAAGCGUUGGUCGAGAUUAUUCGCACUGCCUUUAAUCUCCUUGAUGCUGUCAAAGAUGUCAUUGGUGGUUCCUUUGAGCACUCUUCAAGCUGUUCGGUUUCAGUUACUAAAUGCAUCACCAAAUGUCAUUCAUUUUGCUGGUGAUUUAAAAUAUGCUGUAGGCGAUUUCAAUGUCCUUGGGAAAGAUGCUAUGGAAAUAAAUGAUCUCCAGCUACAGCUAACCAAUAGACCUGUUUGGAUAGCAGCAUCUAUACAUGAGGGUGAAGAAAAAGUCAUGCUCUGGGUACACAAAGAACUAAUUAUAAGUUUUCCUGAUCUGGUAAUGAUUCUGGUAACAAGGCAUCCACAACAUGGACAACGACUUUCACUGGCAUUGAAUAAACAGGGACUGAAUGUUUCGUUGAGGUCUAGAAGAGAUAAAAUUUCUUCUAGCACUAGUGUAUAUGUGGUUGACACUUUGGGUGAACUCAGAACACUGUAUAGAUUUACUCAGAUUGCUGUGAUUGGAGGUUCCUUUUUGCCUGGUUUAGCUGGUCACAAUGUGUCUGAGGCUGCUGCAGCUGGUUGUGCAGUUUUAACAGGUCCUCAUGUUGGACAUUUCUCCCACAUGUUGGCUAAAAUGUCACUAGCAGCUAGUUCAUCAGUUCUGCAGGUUGCAAAUAAAUUUGAACUACUAGAAGCACUGAAAAAGCUGCUUAGUGAUGCCAAUUUCUUGGAUGCAUGCUGCAUGGCUUCAAAACAUGCAUUUUCAAUUGUCUCAAAUGGAGUUGUGGAACGUGUUUGGGAGUUAGUAGAUACAAUUGUGCUAGAGAAGGCCAAAGGAAGACUAGAAGAACACUGAUCAUUGGGACAGGGUCAAAGAUGUCGAACCCAUGGGUAUGAGUUAAUUCAAUAGUGCUUACGUGUAUCAUGCUAUUCUUUUCAUAAUUUUGUUAUUUGUCCUAUAAAAUGGAUGAUUUUGUCAUAUUUAUGGUUUAUUUCACAAUUCUCUUUGUUUAUGUGUUAGUGCAAGAUCUGUUAUUUACUUUAGCUUGAAUCACACCUUUAGGUUGUUAAAUCAGUUGUGUAGAAUCCCAUACUUCAUGUGAAAUACAAGUUUGCUAAUUCACUUGCAUUUUAAGAAGUUUGGUUUAUCUGCCAGCUUGUUCAACUGGUAACGGACUGAAGGAAGUAUCAAACUGAAAAUCAAGAGAGAACCCAGGAGCACUAUAACUGCAAUAAGUUACUGUAGAAAGGGUACGUGGGAGAAAAAGGAAUCGCUAUUAUGAUAGAUACUGAAUUAGAGAGUAGCUUUGGCAGGAAAUCUGAGCAGCGUGUCAACUUUUUUGGGUAUGAAAACGACCCACGGUUGCCUCAUUUGUUGACUGCAAUUAUGUCUGCAUGAAUCAUGUCAACCUUAUUCAGUUUGGAUGCUUUACAUGUACUGUGUUUCUGAUUUGAGAUAGAAAUCCAUGUUUGGGACAUUCUUAGCAGUCCUUCUAAGCUUUUUUUUCUUUCUUUAGCUUCCCUUUUAAAUUUUCUGUUUCUAUAUUCUUUCUCUGUCUAAUUUGAUCAAAACGAACUAACCUGCCUUCCCUUACUAUUUUAGCUAGUUGGUGGACUACAUUGUUCCUUAUUUGUAAUUACUUUGGAACCAGGAUGAAGUAAUCUUUCAGAACGAAACUGUAGUGAAAAAGGUCCUUGAACAUCUUCCUUAUAAAAGGAGCAGUUGUUUCUUGGUGAGGUACUUCAAUGACAAUAACAUAUGAAUUGAAAAAUAACAUCUGAUUCACCAGUAUGCAGUUUAAAAGGAAUGAGAGACUUGUAUCUUCUAAAUGAUUUCAUAGCCGUAGGUAGUUGCUAGCAAUGACAUAAAAUGUAACAAAUAAUGGUCUUCAGUAUCACAGAGAGGAAUCAGUCUUGCUGUUGCUCACCAGCAUGAAUGUCCUAUCAAUGAUCCAUGAGCAAACAAUGAACUAAAGUGAUCAGGUUGAUAUGCCUGAAUUCUGUGGAGACAAUCAAGGUUGCUUCGAUCAGAUGAGUUUAUUAUGAAACAAGAAGCUAGUUUGAGAAGACUCAGAAGUUUUUUCUGGAAGGCUAAUAAGUGAGCUAAAAAUUCCUUGUUCUGUCCUCCAAGAUGGUGCUGAAUCAAUGAUCAAUGGAUGCACCAGAACAUAUCAACUUGCAAUACUAAAGGGUGAAAGUAUCAAAUAUCAAUCUUCAGAUUGAAGUGUCUUAUUGUACAUUUGGAGUGCACUAACACAUCAAUGGCAUGGCGAUUACUUGUCUGUAGGUCAAGAUUCCAGCCAUCCUCUUGCUAUGUUUACUUUUGCAGGAAGUUGACUUUCCAAAUUCGAAUAAGAGAAUGGUUUGUCAAGUCCCCCGGUCUGAAUGCCUUAAUUGAUUAAUUAGAAUUAUUUAAAAUGAAAAACUUGAACUUUAUGAUAAGAUUAAUCGACUAAUUACUAUUCACUCAAAAAAAAAAAUUAAAAACCCCGAUCACUUGAAUUUCUUUUCUUCUUUUUUUUUAAAAUUUAUUUAUUCUAAGAAAACCAAUUGGAAUGAUAGCAUAUGCAUUUGCUAUUGGGUUUAUUAUUAAUUUUUAUUCAAAUGGUAAUGUAUCUAAAUAUUCGCUCGUUUACUUUUUAUUCUAGGCCUUUUACUGGAGAUCCAGGAGAUUUAGAAGGCAUGACUAUACUAACUUAAGUGCAGUUCUAUUGCAUUCUGACCAAUAAAAGUUUCCUUGUUACAAGUAUCCAGAUGUCUCAGGCUACCUGAAUAUUUUUAUACCUCAACCUGAAAUGUUAUUAUCACAACUCACAAGUGACUUGUCCCUUUUCUAACAUUGCUGAGGAAUUAGAGGCUUCUUAAUCCAAAGUAUGGUACUGCAUCCAGACUCAAGAGUUGGGUUUGCUUUUGUCAAGCCUCUAAUAUAUGACUAGAUGUGAAAUUAGAUUUGGACAUGAUAUUUUGAAUAAUUUAUCCUUUUUGAUGCCCAUUUAAUUCUAUUGAACUCUAGUUUUGCUGGAUCUUACAUCUCACGUUUCAGUUGUGUUUUUUUUUUCCUUUCUAAAAAUGAGUUUGCUUUCCCACUGAAUCCUAAAUCCUAAUACUUAAUUCUAUAGAUCACUAGUUUCAGCGGUUGCAUCCUAAAUACUAACACUUAAUCAUCUCCUUUUCAGGGUAUAGCAAGAAACUGCAAUUAUUUUGGUGAUCUAGUGCUUGCACUUUCAUUCAACUUGCCAUGUGGUGUAAGUUCUGCUAUGCCCACUUCUAUCCUACAUUCCUCCUUAUUCUACUUAUUUGGAGGAAGAGACAAGAUGAAGCAAGGUGUUUACAAAAGUAUAAGGUGAUCUAGGGAAAAUACUCCCCCGUAUGUGUAUCAGGGAUGCUAAGAAAUAGUGAGCUAGUAGAGGUGAUACAUAUGUCAGCUUGCCAUGGCUCAAGUGCUAAAUUUGGAGUGGACGUCAAAUUCUUAAGUGUUUGGUGCCAAAUUGGAUUAAUGUUAGCAUAAUUGUAUGCAAAUGGGACAGAAUCUUCAUGUUAUGAAUAUUUUUCUUAUGGACCGUUGUUAUGGUCAUGCAUCAGUUAGUCCAGUGGGCUGUCUUGUAACAGAAAUCCCUGAUGACAUUUUGAUUACUACAACUUGAUCUGGGGGUUUUGUAGUAAGAUAUGAUUGCCACUCAAAAUACAGGGUAGCUUAGUUCAUUUCUGGAUUUGUUCUAUUGUUUAACUAUUCUAUGAUGAUUUUGCUGAAUCCAUCUUUCUGCCUUUAUAUUGAGACCAA